ACCAGUAGCUGUGCUUAAAAGUGAAAAAUUUUAUUUUAACAAAGUGAUCGGUGAACACAAUCUAUACACAUACUUGGAUAUUAUAUCUAAAAUCCCUGUGUUGUUGUUUUUGUAUUAAUUGCUGUCGCUGUUUAUGCGAAGCAGAGACACUCGGUGCGCAAUAAACGAUUCAGCGGCACAACAGUAAAAUUUAUUAAUGAAAAGUAGAAAAAAGAAAUUCAAUUAAAACAUAACUACCUUGACAAAAGAAUAUCAAUCUGGUUUCCUGUUUCGCGUUAAGAAAACCCAAAUCCUAUACAAAGAUACUGCAUCUAUAUAGAUAUACAUUUGUGCAAUCAGACAGUCUGGCAGUCGCAGAGUGCAACACGCGGCGUAUUAAUUAGCUUUUGAUUUGCUUUAAUCUGGAUAAAAUUUGACGUGUAAAUUAAUUUGUGUGUAGAAAAAUUCAUAACGAUUGGCUUAAAAAUAUAUACGAAUUUGAUUAUAAGUUUGCGUUCAUAAAGACAAUAUUGAUAUACCUUAUGAUGGGCUUAUGAUUUGCGUACGUCAAAAUAAGUUAAAAUUUAGCUCCAGCUUUUUGCUGUAUUGUGCUUAAGUGUGUGCAGAAGGUUAUUUUGUAAGACCGGUGAAUAUUCUACAUUGUGGCGAGGUCGCUUGUUUUUUGUCUCCUAGUUUCAUUCAAACAUCAUGAGUGGAGAAGUAACUGUGACCCACAAUGGAGUAGUAUGCAAAAGUGAUAUCAUGAAGAAAAUUGACAGCAGCAUGGAGAUGUCCCUGAUCGAACAGCCAGUUAAAAAAUUACCUGAUGAUCGUUCAGACUUAACGGAGCAACUUUAUAUUGAUCCAAAUCUAUAUGUAGAUAUUGGUAAUGGGGACUAUUGUUGCCCCGCUUCACCUACCACCGUACCCGGUCGUAUAGUGUCCUCAAAUUCUUUGGAGUCACCAGCACGUACCACUCCGUCACGACCGGCGCGCCGCCAACGCACUACUUCUGUGAAUAGUCAAUCGACUACGGCCAAUCCGGCAGAGUGCAUCAUACGUGCCAAUAAUCGUACUAUUUACACAGCUGGACGUCCGCCAUGGUACAAUUGUGCCGGUCAGCAAGUAGAACCAUUUGUUAUUGGAGUUUGCGGUGGCAGCGCAUCCGGCAAAACAACAGUUGCACAAAAAAUUAUCGAGAGUUUGAGUGUACCAUGGGUCACAUUGCUUUCCAUGGAUUGUUUCUACAAGAUAUUAACAGAGAAACAACACCAACAGGCGUUAUUGAACGAAUACAAUUUCGAUCAUCCAGACGCAUUCGAUAUAGACUUAUUGGUGGAGGUGUUAACGAAACUAAAAGAGGGGCGCAUGGUGGAAGUGCCCAUAUAUAAUUUUGUAACACAUUCACGUGAAUCAAAGACUAAAACUAUGUAUGGCGCUAAUGUCAUAAUUUUUGAAGGUAUUUUAGCAUUUCACAGCCCAGAAAUACUUAAGCUCUUAGAUAUGAAAGUAUUUGUAGACACCGAUGCAGAUAUACGUUUAGCACGGCGUCUGAAGAGAGACAUUUCGCAACGUGGGCGCGAUCUCAGUGGUGUACUUAAACAGUAUUUAACCAUGGUGAAGCCUUCUUAUGCCAAUUAUAUAGCGCCAACAAUGGCUCAUGCUGACAUUAUUGUGCCACGCGGUGGUGAAAAUAAAGUAGCCAUACAUCUCAUCGUGCAACACGUACAUACACAGUUACAAUUGCGUGGCUUUAAGUUGCGUGAAACAUUAGUGAAUUCCUACAAAGAUCAGCCGAUGCCAGACUCGCUACAUCUACUGCCACCAACACCACAAAUUAAGGGACUGCACACUUUUAUACGUUGUCGCGGCACUUCGAGAGAUGAAUUCAUAUUCUAUUCGAAACGUCUUAUACGUCUGGUUAUUGAAUAUGCAUUAAGCCUCUUCCCAUUCAAAACAACAACUGUGGAAACACCCCAAGGGGUACUCUACGAAGGAAAACGCAUGGGUUCGCGUAAAAUAUGUGGCGUAUCUAUAUUGCGUGCUGGCGAAACAAUGGAACAGGCUAUAUGUGAUGUUUGCAAAGAUAUACGUAUCGGCAAAAUACUUAUACAAACUAACCGAAACACCGGUGAACCAGAGUUAUACUAUUUGCGAUUACCUAAAGAUAUAAAGGAUUACAAAGUCAUUCUAAUGGAUGCCACUGUGGCUACAGGUGCUGCAGCUAUGAUGGCUUUACGCGUAUUGCUUGAUCAUGAUGUUCCAGAAGAGAAUAUAAUAUUGGCUUCUUUGUUGAUGGCUGAAAUUGGUGUCCACUCGAUUGCGUAUGCUUUCCCGAAAGUGAAAAUUGUCACAUCAGCACUGGAUCCUGAAGUUAACGAUAAGUUCUACGUGAUACCCGGUAUCGGUAAUUUCGGCGAUCGCUAUUUCGGUACUGAACCUUCUGAUGACUACCUUUAACUAUUUAGAUUAAAUAAUUAACUUAAUAAAAUAAAGAAAGAUAGAUAUGAA